AUGGCGAGCACGUCGAGGAUCGAAGCAAAUAAGGUGGUAUGCUAUGCGCAUCCUGAUGCACCACUUAUCGAGGAUUACAGGGCUGGUGAUAUGAUAUGUUCAGAAUGUGGCCUUGUGGUUGGAGAUAGAGUUAUAGAUGUUGGGUCUGAAUGGAGAACAUUUAGUAAUGAGAAAUCUGGUGUAGACCCAUCUCGUGUAGGUGGUCCUGAAAAUCCAUUACUCUCAGGAGGUGAUCUAUCUACGAUCAUAGGACCUGGUCGUGGUGAUGCUUCUUUUGACAGUUUUGGGGUGUCAAAAUAUCAAAAUCGACGAAAUAUCAGCAGUACAGACAGAGCACUCAUAAAUGCAUUCCGAGAAAUAAAUACAAUGGCUGACCGUAUAAACUUACCAAAGACAAUAGUGGACAGAGCCAACAAUUUGUUUAAACAGGUUCAUGAUGGCAAAAAUUUAAAAGGCAGAGCAAAUGAUGCAAUAGCUUCUGCUUGCCUCUACAUUGCAUGUAGACAAGAAGGUGUUCCUCGUACAUUUAAGGAAAUCUGUGCAGUUAGCAAAAUAAGUAAAAAAGAAAUAGGAAGAUGUUUUAAACUAAUCCUCAAAGCACUUGAGACUUCAGUGGACCUUAUCACUACUGCGGACUUCAUGUCCCGGUUUUGUUCAAACCUUGGAUUGCCAAAUUCAGUGCAAAGGGCUGCAACACAUAUUGCACGAAAAGCAGGAGAGUUGGAUAUUGUGUCCGGGCGUAGUCCUAUCUCUGUUGCUGCUGCUGCCAUUUAUAUGGCGUCACAGGCCUCAGAAGACAAGCGCAGCCAGAAAGACAUUGGAGACAUUGCUGGUGUUGCAGAUGUUACUAUUCGGCAGUCCUACAAGCUCAUGUAUCCAUUUGCUGCUAAGCUUUUCCCCGAAGAUUUUAAGUUCGCCAUACCAAUAGAGUUCCUGCCGCAAAUGUAA